UGUAAGAAGCGCAAUGAAAGCGUGAGAGUGUGUGAGCUCUUUACAGAUGCCGAGUUAGGCUAGGGAUAAGAGGUGGGGGGAACGUGGGCGCCGGGGUAACUGAAGAAAAAGAAAGGAAAGCAAACAGGGUGAGCCGGGAGGGGAGGCGGGGUGGAGGAAAAGCUGCCUAGUGACGUUGUCCAAUCAAGUCCCUGGGAACUUCAAGGGCGGGAAGGGUUGACUUUCCAACCAAUUCAUUCGGACGCAGGGCUUUUGAACGUUCCAAUCAGAACGUUCUGGUCUCUAUAAAUAAAGGCGGCUGGGGUGGUGUGUUUCACAGUCGUCUGGGACGUUAGAGAAGUGAUUUUGCUAACCUCUCGCCAUGGCUCGUACGAAGCAGACCGCUCGUAAGUCUACCGGUGGCAAGGCCCCUCGCAAGCAGCUGGCUACUAAGGCUGCCCGCAAGAGCGCUCCGGCCACCGGCGGCGUGAAGAAGCCUCACCGCUAUCGCCCCGGCACGGUGGCGCUGCGAGAGAUUCGGCGUUACCAGAAGUCCACCGAGUUACUGAUCCGCAAACUACCCUUCCAGCGGCUGGUCCGCGAGAUCGCGCAGGACUUUAAGACGGACCUGCGUUUCCAGAGCUCGGCCGUGAUGGCCCUGCAGGAGGCCAGCGAAGCCUAUCUGGUCGGGCUCUUUGAGGACACGAACCUCUGCGCCAUCCACGCCAAGCGCGUGACCAUCAUGCCCAAGGAUAUUCAGUUGGCUCGCCGCAUCCGCGGAGAGAGGGCGUAAAAGUCCUGAUACUAAGUAAACAAAGGCUCUUUUCAGAGCCACCCACCAAUUCCCCAAAAGCAGCUGUAUUUUACACGUACGCACUGGCUAUUCCUUUAAGCAGCGCAAACAACACCGUGGCGUAGCGAGUAGAAAACCGGCCACUUGCUUGGUUUUCAACUCCAGCCACUCACCAACUUGGAAAAUACACUCCUCUAUUUUCUCCCUUCCCCUCCCCCCCAUUUUCCCUGCCUCUGGGAACUCACGUGACUCUCGCCUUAGAGUUGGGGAGGAGGGUGGAGCUUUUUUGCACGGAGGAGGGAAAAUCUUGAAUGAAUGAAACCUCCCCCAGUAUUUUUUUUUUUUUACGCUCCCCUCCAAGGCUCCUCAAGACACAACACCCCCC